CAUGCUAUUUUUGCGUUACCUCAGAGACAGUCCGUCAAUGGAGUCAAGCGGUCACGCCGAUACGAUAAUAUUCGUGACAAAUACAGUAUUAACCGAUGUAAACGAGAUUCUGACUUGAAAUUGUGUAUCGGAUAUCGAUUAAUGACAUUUUAGCUGACCAUGACCGCGUAGAGAUAGUUUUAUAGAUGUAAAACAAUUGGCUAGGUUGCAGCUGACGCUCCGUGUCAACACAAAGGCCUCUCUAGCCAGCUAGGGAUUCAAGGCCAACCUCAGCUGCAGCAAAUUAGCAGGCGUGCCAUAUUUUCUCUCUUUUUUUUACGUUUUAUGUGUAACGCACUUAAUCUGGUCGACUAACAAAAUAGCUUUCGAGUGUUUUUCGCUUCUCCACGAUCAUGGCGGAACAGGGUGCAGUGGUAAUGCAGCAGAAUUUGGACAGGAGCUGCUGGGUGUGCUUUGCCACAGAUGAGGAUGACCGCACGGCAGAGUGGGUGCGUCCGUGUCGCUGCCGUGGCUCCACCAAGUGGGUUCAUCAGGCCUGCCUGCAGCGCUGGGUGGACGAGAAGCAGCGGGGCAACAGCACAGCACGUGUGGCCUGCCCACAGUGCAACGCAGAGUACCUCAUCGUCUUUCCCAAAUUAGGUCCUGUGGUUUAUGUGCUGGACUUGGCUGACCGUCUGAUCUCCAAGGCCGGUCCCUUCGCUGCUGCUGGCAUCAUGGUCGGCUCCAUCUACUGGACUGCUGUCACCUACGGGGCCGUCACCGUCAUGCAGGUGGUUGGUCAUAAGGAAGGCCUGGAUGUGAUGGAGCGGGCUGACCCUCUGUUCCUGCUCAUUGGCCUGCCCACCAUCCCUGUCAUGCUGAUCCUGGGCAAGAUGAUCCGCUGGGAGGACUACGUACUGCGCCUGUGGAGGAAAUACUCCAACAAACUGCAGAUCCUCAACAGCAUCUUCCCAGGGAUUGGCUGCCCGGUCCCUCGGAUCCCCGCGGAGGCCAGCCCCCUGGCAGACCACGUGUCGGCCACGCGAAUCCUGUGCGGCGCUCUGGUCUUUCCCACCAUCGCCACCAUCGUGGGAAAGCUCAUGUUCAGCAGUGUCAACUCCAACCUGCAGAGGACCAUCCUGGGCGGUAUCGCCUUCGUGGCCAUCAAGGGGGCGUUUAAGGUGUACUUCAAACAGCAGCAGUACCUGAGGCAAGCCCACCGCAAGAUCCUCAACUUCCCCGAGCAGGAGGAGGCCUGAGCGGGACGGGGGUCUGCGGACCGGAGGGAGGACGGCCGGACGAAUCACACGCUCCUCCCGCAGAGGAGGAGGAGGAGGAGGAGGGGAGGGGAGGGGGGUUGAACUGUGCGACAGACUGAGCAGGAAACAUCGGUGAACCAGACUGAGAUCAGUGUCACCCAUUUACCUACUCACACUCCCAAACUGCCUCCCUCACCCCCACCCACCACCACCACCACCACUAGCCCCGCCCCCCUCCUUCCUGUUUCCACCUGGUGGAGUGAUUCAUCGCACCGCUGCUGACAUUCACGCUAGGAUCCCCACCAUCGCCACUACACGUUGUUUUUAAACUUUUUGACGCUUUCGUUAAGGUGAAGACGGAAAAGACUGUUUGAACGUACACAUAGGUACAAGUGCACAUACCCACACGUACACACACACACACACACACACACUGACACACACUCACACACAGAUACUGCUUUCCCAGGAAUGUGACUUGUACUAUGUGAGUGUUGUAGUCGCGAGGGCGGAGAUAUUUAAACAAUCACAUAACCAGUACUUAUUGUAACUGUAUUUUAAGAUGAUUAAAAAAAAAAAAAAAAGUGGGGCAUGUGUAAUUAGAAAGUUUUAUAAUAAUAAAUGAUUGUUUUAUAAUGUUUAUUUUGCAGAUUUGAAAAAAAAAAAAAUCCCCUUUGCCAAUGUUAGGGGUUUAUAUUGAAUGAGAAAUAUUGUUUUUUUUGUGUAUGGAAUGUAUUAGUGAUGAAUAAUAAAAAUGUGUUUAAUAGUUAUGGAUGGUUACGUAGAGUAAAUGAAGCGCGGGCUGAGAGGCAAAGAGAAAUGUCGGUUUUACCUGCUUUGAAACUCUGUUCCAAUGAGGCCAAUAAUCCUCCCUCGUCUCCCAUAACCUGUGACUUAUAUCAAUAUAUACUCUGAAUGUUAGUCGAUUUCUCACUGAUAUCCUACCUAGUACAGUGCAAACGUGACUCUAACAGACUAAUCACAGCUAACAGUAGAAGUGUGUGCCAGACCCAGCAUUUAUUUCGGGGUUACCAAAUUUUUUUUUGUUUUGUUUUUUAAUUUUUUACACGCCUUGGCAGUGUUCAUGUUGUCUAUAGCUUCUUCUCUCACUUUGUCAAAAUGUUCUCACAUGAUGUGUGGUAAAGCUUCACUGCCCCGUCACACAACCCCCCCCCCUCCACAUGAUGAGUCAGUCGUCUCCUUGAUUGGAGGAGCUGACAGAUGGCUGGACGGUAUGGGUUUGAGGUACUUUCAAAACUCGGCGGUGACCGGGACGUUUCCAUUGCGGACUGUACGGGGUUUCCGAGGCUUCAGGUGACUCACACGGUGCCCGAGGAGCCACUUUUCACUGGGACAUGUGAACCUUUACCGAAAGCACUGAACGUUUGCCAGCUGCUCGAGAAGCCGAGACUGUUUAUUUACCUUUUUAAGUUUUUUUUUUCUUUUUUAAAGUAGAAAAUUCCCUUUUUUUUUCUCCCCAUGUGAUCAUCAGAUGGCUCCAUUGCCUGAGUGUAAAGUAUAGUCCAGGUCAAACUAUAAUGCAUGCUUUGGUUCUGUGAUAAUUACCAUGCAAACGUGACACUUUCUUGCGCAAAAUAACAUAGCACUUUAUUUGCUCUUCUAAAAGGGGACAGUUUUGAAGAGUUUGGAGCAUGCCGUGAUACCUCUUUCACUUCCAUUCUGAAAGCUUUCGGUGGCAAAACAAAACAAAAAAAAAGUUUGUGUGGCAAUUACCAGGGAACUGAACCAUGAAUUAGUUUAACCUGCUUUCUGCACCCCGACUGUUAAGGCUAAGGAGCACUUUUAAUAAAAUAAGAGGAAACAGGCUUCCUUUAAGGCAUUUCAGCUAAAACACAAAACAAACAAAAAAAACCCCAGCUAAUUCUAGCUGGUCUUUGCUUUCAAAACUGCAGUAAGAAUAUCCUAAACCAACAGUCAGUAUGUGACUUCUUGUGAAAAGGCAUGCCAUAGCUAACCACUUGACUAUUUAACCUGCACAUAUAAGCUGUGCCUGCAUUACAGGUGUGCUAUGAUCUGCAAAACGUGGCUCUGCUGCACAGCUUCUCCCAUGCGUUCACUGACAAGACCCCACUAUGCCAAAAAA